UUUAUCUUUGAUUAUUAGACCUAUAGUUUAUUACACGGUGUGUAAUUAUUAUUAUCCGUAAAUAUGUAGAGUAAAUGUGAUUUAUUUAAAUACUGGUGACAAUUAGCAUAAAAACUUUACGCCAAGAACGAACAAUGUCUACUCUAUUCAAAAUACGAUCAUUUUUUUCAAGGCAUAAAAACAAAUUUUUCAUUGGAGGGCUACUAGUUACAAGUACAUUACUAUUAUCGAAAUAUAUGCAAAAACGCCUGCGUGAUUGGCAUGAAAAAGAAGCAAGAGAAUUUUUGGAACGUAAUCGUAAACAAAGUCACUUUGAGAGUAUCAAUCAGACAUGUAAUCAAACCAUUUUGGGCCUUUCGUCUUCAUUAUUGGAUACUAUAUAUGCAGAAGUUGAUACAGAUUCUAUAAUUGAAUCUUUGAAGAGUAAUUCUGUAAAUAAGUUUGAAAAAUGGAAUACCUUAAAGGUUCAAGUUUUUACAAAGGCAGCCUGUGUUAUUUAUGGUCUUGUUAUGUUAGUUAUGACUUUGAAAAUACAACUAAACAUACUGGGUGGGUACUUAUAUAGAAACACAAUGGAUGUAUCAACCCAGCAGCAAGAACAGUAUUUAUCUUUGUGGCAGAAUUUUCUAAAUGUGGGUGUUAAAAAGUUAACUAAUACUAUUGAAACUGAGGUUGAAAAAAUAUUAGAAAGGGUGGAUUUGAAAAAGCAAAUGAAACUAAGUGAUUUGGAAGCAAUUUUCUGGUCAUUACAAAGCAGCUUAGCCUCUCAUAAAGAGAGCCCCAUUGAACAAAUUCGGCCCUAUGUGAUUAACGAUGAACUGUCAAGUAAUACUGAUGUCUAUCAUAACAUGUUACGGGACACUGCAGAUUUGUUAGAAAGUGAUGAAGUGAAGUUAAUAGUCACCCAUUAUGUGAGCAAAGGUUUCUAUGUCCUUGGCGACCAGUUAUCAGAGUUUUUUGGACAAAAUGAAUCAAAGCUUUCCGAGCUAAGGGAUGAAAAGGUGGACAUUGACACUUUUUUGAACCCUUUUAGCAGUAAAAAACCUAUGGCAAAAUUGAUACCUAUUCUUAAUGGCUUACUCUCCAAGCAAUCAUUCCCCCAAAAUUUUACACAGAUUUUAAUAACAGAUGAAAAGAUUAACACCCUGGGUGCUAAUGUUUACGAAAGUUUGUUAUUUUAAUAUUGGCAUCACUGUGUUUUUGUAAAUACAUAUUUGCAAGUAUCUGCGUAUUAUUUACCUUUAAGAC